CUGGCAAAUACGACUCUGGACGAUAUUCUUUUCCAUUUGGCAUUUCGCUGUUGGACAAAUGCGAUACUCAAUUCCGGAGGAGAUGGUGAAAGGCUCCGUCAUUGGCGAUGUCGCUGCAGAUCUGGGAAUCGAUGUCAAAAGACUGAAAAGCGGCCGAGCUCGGAUCGUUGCCGGAGACAGCAGUCGGUACGUGGAGCUGAACACAGACAAAGGAAUACUGGUGGUCAAUGAGAGAAUAGACAGGGAGGUGUUGUGCAAAAAAACAUCUUUGUGCACUUUCAGUACUGAGAUUAUUAUGGAAAAUCCAAUUAACUUAUAUAGGGUUACUGUAGAAAUAACAGAUAUAAACGAUCAUGCUCCGAAAUUCCCGAAUGAAGAAAUAAAUAUAGAGAUUAGUGAAUUGACAUUGGCCGGUGCGCGGUUUUUACUAUACAGUGCAUAUGAUCCCGAUGUAGGCAUAAACACCAUACAGAAUUAUAGUUUGAAACCGACUGAUAAUUUCGUAUUAAAACAAGAAACUCGUCCAGAUGGUACCAAAUAUAUCGAAAUGGUGCUACAAUCCCCCGUAGACAGAGAGAAACAGGAGGACUUGUAUCUAACAUUAACUGCUAUAGACGGAGGUCACCCACCGAGGUCCGGUAUAAUGAAAAUUAAUGUAAAGGUUUUGGACGCGAAUGAUAACGCUCCAGUUUUUACCAAGAAGCUCUACAGAGCCACUGUCCUUGAAAACUCACCCAAAGGCACGCUGGUGACGACAGUAAGUGCAACUGAUUCGGAUAAAGGUGUUCAUGGUGAAGUGACAUACGCAUUAAUACGUAUGUCUGAAACAGAUAACAGAGUGUUUAAAAUUGACGAAAAAUCGGGCGGUAUUUUUGUAAGUGGAAAUAUAGAUUUUGAAAAAGAUGAGAUAUUUGAGAUAAAUGUUGAAGCUAGGGAUAACGGUGAUUUGACAGAUUCUUGUGCUGUUAUUAUUGAUGUAUUUGACGUGAAUGAUAACAUCCCCAUUACAACGUUAACAUCAUUCACUAAUCCGGUUUCCGAAGACGCUUUACCUGGAACUACAAUUGCAGUUAUUAAUAUUAAAGACUUGGACUCGGGAGAAAAUGGCGAGGUCUCAUGUUUGAUUAAUGAAAGAAGCCCGUUUGUAAUAAAGUCAUCUUUAACAAAUUAUUUUGUAUUGCAAACUAAGGAAUACCUAAACAGAGAAACAACCGCAGAAUAUAACAUUACAAUCAAAGCUGCGGACCACGGCUCACCCUCUCUCUUUAGUAGCAAGACAUUACAUAUCAGAGUAUCCGAUGUGAACGACAAUGCGCCAGUAUUUGAACAACAAUCCUAUGAUCUUCGUUUGAUAGAAAACAACACACCCGGUGUUUCUAUUUUGACU